UCCAUCGAAGUGCGCAAUCACCGCAUUGCAUCUUCUAUCACCAGUCUGCCUCGCUGAAGCCGUAUGACAUCUUCGGAACUAUGGAGAAAUUUCUACGAGAUUGGCGGCAAGACGCUAUUAACAAGCAUCAAUACGAUACAGCAAUAUUUGUUGCAGACAAACUGCUGGCACUGACUAAGGACGACCAAGAUGCCUUCUGGCUUGCCCAAGUCCAUUUUCAAACUGCACAUUACACUCGCGCUCAGGCCUUUCUUUCCCGCGGCGACCUGAUUGAACGCAAUCCACAAUGCCGGUACUUACAUGCACAUUGUUCCAUAAAAUUAGGUCAAACAGACGAAGCUUUGGAAACACUCGGCGAGAAGAACCCUACACAUUUAAUAUCUGCACCAGGCAGUGCACGCCAGAAGCUUCGGCACGUUGAUGUAAAUACCCGGGCUGGUGCACGCCAUCAGAAAACCUUGUCACGCACGGAACGUCUGCCUACAAGUGAAGAGCGAGACCGGGAGGACUCUGCAAGUCUUAAAGCUGAGGCCGGCAUGUGCUACCUUCGAGGAGUAUGCUUUGCAAAGAAGAACGCCUUCGACCGCGCAAAGGAGUGUUACAAAAUCGCCGUUCAGAUCGAUGUACAAUGUUUCGAGGCCUUUGAUCAGCUCAUGGCCAAUUCCCUGAUGCACCCCUCCGAAGAGUGGAAAUUCCUCGAGUCUCUUAACUUCGAUACCAUCAAUGUAGACAACAAUUCAUCGCUCUCCCAAGAAGCUGCACAAUUCACAAAGCAGCUUUAUACCACUCGCCUCUCUAAAUACUCUCGGCCGCAAGAGUUCACAGCGGCUGCAGAAUCUCUUUCAACACAUUACAACCUCUCUGAGAAUCCAGAUAUCCUACUUUCCAAGGCAGAUCUUCUCUUCACCCAUUGCCGGUUCCGAGAUGCUCUUGCGCUUACUUCGUCGAUUUUGGAGCGUGAUAAGAACAACUUUGCUACCCUUCCGGUCCACUUGGCUUGCUUACAUGAACUUGGCCGUAAGAAUGAGCUGUUUUUGCUUGCUCACGAAUUGGCCGAUCACAACCCACAGGAACCUUGUGCAUGGCUUGCUGUUGGAGUGUAUUAUCUCUCCAUCAAUCGCAUUGCCGAGGCCCGCCGUUACUUUUCUAAAUCAUCGAUGAUGGAUCCGCAUUUCGGUCCAGCUUGGAUUGGGUUCGCACACACAUUUGCAGCAGAGGGCGAACAUGACCAAGCUAUCGCCGCUUAUGGUACCGCUGCACGACUGUUUCAGGGAACCCACCUACCGCAACUAUUCAUUGGGAUGCAAAACCUCCAGUUAAAUCAACUCACCUUGGCGCACGAUUACCUUAACGUCGCAUUCGACAUUUGUAAACAGGAUCCCCUCCUUCUAAACGAGCUCGGUGUCGUCUUCUAUCAUCAAGAUGCUCUACCAGACGCUAUAAGUAUGUUCCGUCGCGCUCUCAACAUCGCAGAAAUUAAUGACUCGGAUCGGGACGCUUGGUUACCCACUCGGAUAAAUCUCGCACAUGCUUUGAGGCGCUGCAACCAGUUGGAUGAAUCUCUAUCGACCUUCGAAGACGUCCUACGAGCCGGUAUACAGGACGCGGGCGUAUUUACCGCCAAAGGGUUGGUUCUUCUCGAAAUGGGUCGCAACUGGGAAGCCAUCAUUGCGUUGCAUGAGGCGUUAGCAGUUGCUCCACAAGAUCCCAUGGCUACCGACUUGCUAAACCGUACUUUCGAAUCCAAUGAGAGUGACAAUGGCGAGUUUGGCGUUAACAGAGGAUUGGAUGAAUAUAGUGAGCAAGUUGGUGACUUCGAAGUCGAAGAAUUAGACCGUCGAAUCGAUGGGAAAUUAAAGGAGAUCCAACAAAACAAGGUGGCAGGACGAGGUACUAGGCGUACAAGAAACGCGGCUGCACUGGGCGAGGAGAGUGCCUAUGGAGAGAGCAUGAUGGUCGAUUCGGAUGGGUGAAGUAGGACGGUCCCUCUUGU